AGCUUUUUUAGUAUCCAUUCAAAUGUUUAGACGGAGUUUAAGGUAUAAUAUUUUGAUUUUAUAUACGAGCUAUUUCAGAUCGGAUCGGAUCAUGUCAUACUUGAUUUCGGUUCAUCGAGACAUGCCUAGAUACGUGUAUAACUAGCAAAACACAGAUUUUAUUUAUGGUGCACAAAAGUCUUAACUUUAGUUGAACUAACUAAAGCCUCACAAGUCUAAAGUCACAAAUAUACAUAAAUAUGGGAUCAGAGAUAAAUGGGCAUUUCAGCAAUCUUUUUGAAGAUAGUUGGUUUUUUGGAAACAGCUUAUUAAGAUCAUCAAAAUCAUCAAAAACAAUGGUAAGGUGUAAUUCUGAUCCUUGUUCAUCAUCAAGCUCAAAUGAUCAAGAAAAUAUGAUCAAUCAUGAUCAAGACCCUUUAAAGAAGAGUAAUCUUCUUAGAACUCCUUCUCUUCCAUUGUGUUUUGAUCAUAAUGAUGAUGAUAAUGAUGAACAACAUGAAGAUGAAGAUGAGCAUAGAAUGGGUGAUUUGAUUAGGCAAGCCAUGCCUAUGCCUGUGCCUAUGACUAUGACUGGAAGAAGACUGGAUCGUACGCCGUCUUUGCCACCUUGUAGGGGUAAAGAUGCCAUGAAAGGUCAUGGAUUGGUGCUUGAGAAAGGUCCUAUUGCUAUAGCUAAACUUACUAGAAGAGCUUCUAUUGAUUCUUCCUUGUUGCCUCCUAAAAGUUCUACUUCUAAGGGCACAAAGCCAAGUACAAGCAACCAAAAGAACCGUUCACAGCGAAAACUCGAGCCUUCAAGCAUAAAUUCAGCUGCAAAAACCGAGAUCAAACCCCAAAAACUCGACAGAAGCAAGUCUCAAAAGAGUUUAAGCGAUCUAGAAAUCGAGGAAUUACAAGGAUUUAAAGAUUUAGGAUUUAGAUUCGAUAGCAAAGACACAAUAAGUCCAAGUGUAAAACAAGUAAUUCCUGCCUUACAAAGAAGAGCUAGCCUUGAUAGUAAUAAUAAGCUUAGUGUUACAAGACCUUAUCUUUCCGAAUCAUGGAAAUCUCCAUCUUCUCCUUCAUCAGCACCACUUGUUCCUAAAAGGAAAGAUGAGAAAGUUUCUUCUAGUGAUGAUAUGAAAGCUCAGAUCAAAUUUUGGGCUCGGGCUGUCGCUUCAAAUGUUCGCCAAGAAUGCUGAUCAGUGGCGAAUCCACAAAGUUAAUAUAGAUUGCGGCCGGAUAUUGAUUUCUAAAUUUGCAUCAACAGUGCGGGUCGAACAUUGAUUUCUCAAUUUGCAUUAACAGUGUGCACCGAACAUUAAUUUCUAAAUUUGCAUCAAUAUUGUGCGCCGAACAUUGAUUUCUAAAUUUGCAUCAACAGUGCUGGCCGAACAUUAAUUUCUAAAUUUGCUUUAAAAGUGCUGGUCGCACAUUGAUUUCUAAAUUUGCAUCAACAGUGUGCACCGAACAUUGAUUUCUAAAUUUGCAUCAUCAGUGCGGGUCGAACAUUGAUUUCUAAAUUUGCAUCAACCGUGCGGGUUAAACAUCAAUUUCUAAAUUUGCAUCGUGUGUUGAACGAACUUGAAAAUUACUCCUUUUGUGCCCUUGAGUUAGAUACAAUUUUCAUUUUUCUCCCUCUUACCUAGUGUGACACUUUUAGUAUUUUCUUUUCGUCUUUUAAUGUCAUUUAUUCGUUUCAAAUAUUAUGUCUUGUUUUCCAAAUAAUUAGACUAUUUUUUAAUGUUUUUGUCAAUAGUCUAAAUAACAAACUCAAGGAGACGAAAAAGUAAUUUUCUAUUUUAUAUCUAACAUAAUUCAAUAUUAAUUUGAUUUUUUAUUUAAUUGGUUUGGGUCACGACAUAAAAAGGCCCGAAUUUGGAUUUUGUUGAUUGUUGGUAUACAAAGUUUAGCUAUACCGAGUGGAUCGUUGUCAACUUGCCAUGAUGGGCAAAUGUUGUACUCUUUCAAUUUUGUACUUCGUAGCAUCACAAUCAAUAUAAUAAUAACGGAUAUAUUUCAUGAUAUAUUUUAUGAUAUAUCACUGAAUUUCUUCGAAA